AUGUUGCAACCCAGACUUCUGGCGCCCCUGCGGGCGCUGGAACGGGCUUUUUCUCCCUCACUCCGGUCCGCACAGAACGCCUACCAGCCGCAAUCUCUCAUCCUACGAUCUCUUUCCGCGUCGCUGUCCGUCCCGAAGACUACACCUAUAUUUCGCACCCUCCUCCCUCUCUCACAAGUACGUUUCGCUUCGCACGCAUCUCAAGGCACUGCCAAUCGACACUCGCGUGAUCCGGCGGGAAAGCGCCUUGGCGCGAAGCGAUCAAAUGGGGAAUACGUUGUCCCUGGAUGCAUCAUCUUCCGCCAGCGAGGAUCAAAAUGGUUCCCUGGCGACAACUGCGCGAUGGGUAGAGACCACACCAUCUACGCCACCCAAGCCGGAUACGUUCGGUACUACUUGGACCCAGAGCGCCACCCCGAACGUCGGUACAUCGGAGUCGUUUUCGAGAAGGAGGAAAGACUCCCACAACCGCGCAAUGCGCCCACCCGGCGCAGGCUGAACAUGGUCACAAUCCCACGCGCUGAGCCUGUUGCAUACCAGUCUGAUAUAGUGGCCACCAUCAAUGAGAAUGGCACUCAAGUCGCUAGUGCUGAGGCUGUCAAUGCCGGGUCCGGCCCGCAGCUUCGUCCUGGAUAUAUGUACCGUGAGGCUAACUGGGUUAUUGGCCGUGCUGCUGAGAAGGCUGGGAUUACAGCCAAAUCAUAUGACCGCAACAACCGUUGGCUUGCGUGGAGGAAGAGAGAGGCCCGUGCUGAGCGGGCUGCCCAGAUGAAGAGUCUGAAGGGCAAGAAGAAGGCUCCCAGGAAGGCCAAAUGA